UUGGACAGAAGAAACGAGGAAGUCGUGUGGAUCGUUUGAAAUUCAACCAGCUUCUGCUAUGACAGCCUCCACACAAGCUUGAAGCAGCGCGAUCCUCGAAGCUCUUUUUGUCGUGCUCCGUCACGACGCAUUCAAUGUCGCCCAAAAGAACGUAGGAACUCCUACGACCUGGGGCUGACUCUUUUUUUUGUUUGCACAAGUGAUUCCCGCAGAGUUGGGAUGAACUCGCACAGUGAGUCGAGUGAAUCGAGCCGGCGAGCGCAUUCGGAAGAGUGAUGGACGCAUCCCGAGUACCGCAGGUGACCAUCACCCCGGAUGGGGGCGGCUUCUCGCGGGAGAUGAAGCAGGAGGACUGGGAGGAAGGCGAAGCGGUGGACGGCAAGCUGUGUAGGAAGCUUUCCACCUCCUCCGUCUCCUCCACCGGCUCCUCUGCAGUGGAAUCGGAGGAUGACCUGCUUAGCGACAACGAGAAUAAAAGUAAAGGCAUCAUCACUUUGGAGCCCCUGGUUGACACUGGAGAGAGCAAGCCAUGGUGGAAGUUGAAGACCAUCGUCCAGUGGCCCUUUAGCGCUGCCCAUAGAAGAAAGCUGAACUGGGUGCAGUUGGCCGGUCAUAAAGGGAACUUCAAAGCGGCGGAUGAAGGCAGCAUUCUGAAGAAGUAUUCUGAAAAUGAGGUGCGCUGCUUUGAGAGGUUGAAAAGUGACACGCUGCUAGCGUUCGUACCCGCUUACCACGGCGUGGUGGAAAAAGACGGAGAGUCUUUCAUCCACAUGGCUGACCUGCUGGCAACCUUUGACCUUCCAAAUGUCAUGGACUGCAAGAUGGGAGUGAGAACAUACUUGGAGGAAGAACUGGUUCGAGCACGGGAGCGGCCCAAGUUGAGGGCGGACCUGUAUAAGAAGAUGGUUGAGGUGGACUGCCAAGGCCCGACCGCACAGGAACAUUCUCAAUGUGGCGUCACCAAACCUCGCUACAUGCAGUGGAGGGAAAGCCUGAGCUCCAGCAACAUUAUGGGCUUCAGGAUAGACGGCAUCAAGAAAAGUGACGGCACAUGUCGGACCGAUUUCAAGAAAACCAGGUUGGAGCAAGAUGUCAUCGAAGCGUUCAAGGACUUUGUCGGCGGCAACGUCAACGUUAUAAAGUCAUACCUGAGCAGACUGAUGGAGAUCCAACAGGCUUUGAAAAGAUCGGAAUUCUUCAAGCAACAUGAGGUCAUCGGCAGUUCUCUGCUUUUUAUCCACGACCACACGGGCAACGCUCAGGUGUGGCUUAUUGACUUUGGCAAGACCACCGAGUUGCCGGAGGGCCAAGUGUUGAAGCAUGACGUUCCCUGGCGAGAGGGUAACAGAGAGGACGGAUACCUUUUGGGCCUGCAGAACCUCAUCGGCAUCCUGGAGGCUGUGAGCAGUGAAUGAGUCUGACUUGGACUGUGGGACAUGCAAGUAGAGGAAAGGUCAACUGGCUGAAAAUGAGCAAUGGAAGUGGAAUAUGUGGGGGGGGGGGUUUAUGUGGAAGUGAGCAGGUGUGCACACUGUGUGGACAAAACUAACAUCGUGUUGAAAGUACAUAUCCAAAGGGGCUUGCUAAGAAGAAAAAUUCAGAUUCAGUUGAUGUCAAUUACCACGGAGGAUACAGAGAAGUUGUCAGUGAGUAAACAAACUGACAGUUUCAGUUCUGCCUUCAUAACAUUAUGUAAACAUUUGCUAUUAGUUAGAAAAUGGAAAGAGAUCAUCUUCUAAUGUUUUGAAUGUAAUAGUAACUUGACAUUAUGAACAAGACCUCAGUCAGUCA